GUAGUUUGGAGUCACCAAGACUCAGAACUGAAUAUAGCAGCGCACGUACAUCGCUCUGAAAACAAUUUUUAAAAUCUCCAUUCCACAAUUUCAUGACUUGUACAUUUGUGUAAAUAGACAACUUCUAUUUUUUAUAACGAGACAACAGCGACAUGGAACUUAAUUCUCUUUUAAUUCUGCUGGAGGCUGCAGAGUACUUGGAAAGAAGAGACAGAGAGGCAGAGCACGGUUAUGCGUCUGUUUUACCGUACAGUAGCGACUUCUCCAGAAAGAAAACGAAAGCCUCGCCAAUUUCCAGAAAAACUCAGAACAAUAGAUCAUCGCACAACGAGCUGGAGAAACACAGACGUGCCAAACUACGGCUGUACUUGGAGCAGUUGAAGAAGCUGGUGCCUUUGGGUCCAGACAGCACGAGACACACCACACUGAGCUUGCUGAAAAGGGCCAAGAUGCACAUCAAGAAGCUGGAGGAGCAGGACAGGAAGGCUUUAAACACGAAGGAGCAGCUGCAGAGAGAGCACCGCUACCUCAAACGCCGCCUGGAGCAGCUUUCUGUGUCCGGAUCCGUUGAGCGCAUCCGCACCGACAGCAUGGGCUCCACCAUCUCCACCGACUCUGAGCAAGAGGUGGACAUCGAGGGCAUGGAGUUCACCCCUGGCGAGGCGGACAGCGUGGACAGCAUCAGCGACGGCGAGGAGGAGGACCACUACAGCCUCCAGAGCAGCUCCAGCGACACCAGCUACACAGCCACACAUUCCCACAGACUGCAGCCGCACCACUGUUAAAGACACCGUGCGGCCAUCCAUCUCCCCACCAGCUUCCUCGCCCAUGCUUCCCUCGCCCUCACCUGUACCUUCCCCCGAACCAUUCGCAAUCACCAGUGCCGCCCACUACCUACAUCAGACCAGUCCACAGCGGCAGUGAACCUGUUCCUCCUUUCCUGGCCCUGGCUCUCCAGGAAGCACAUGGGGCUGAAAUGCCACUCAAGCCUUCCUGACCCCCCCCCGCCCCCCUCCUGACCACUGACCCUACCUCACCCUACUGUAUCCUGCCUGAACCUGCCCCUCCUCACACGCCCUGCCCUCCCACUGCCCUCACAACCCCUCUACCUAGUGUUGCCGCAGACUAGAGAGCAGAGCAGAGUUUGUGGUUUAAAUGGGGACUUCUGUGGUGUGGUGGACAGCUUUGACUCGUUAAUCAGAACUGCAGAAAGUGCGCGCUUGUGUGUGUGUGCGUAAAAGAGAGAAAGAACAAGCGAGGGAGUUUAAGAGAGGUCAAAAACUAAAUAUAAGCUUCAUGUUAUUUCCGUGAGGCAGCAACACAUGGACGAAGACGUCUGUGAUGUAAAAGGCAAAGUACGUCUGUUAUGCAAUAUUUGCAACACUGAAUUACAUCACACAGAAUCUCCCUUUUACACAAUAAGAUUUACAGGAGUAGCUUCUGCAGAAGUCCUGCACUUUCCUUGAAAACGUUUGCUGAAAAAUGGACAAAGAUAAAAGGAAUAGUUUGACAUUUUGGGGAAUAUAAUUAUUCAUGUUUGUGCUGAGCUGUCUCCCCCCAAUUCCCAGUCUUUAUGCUAAGCUAAGCUAACUGAUUGCUAGCUUUUCCCCCCAAAAUGUCAAAUUACUCUUUUAAUUUUUCAGCUUUUUAGGAUCUGCAGCAGACUGCGUGCCCUAAAACAGGCAUUUCUUGGACCUGCUUCUGCACACAAAGUCACAUCUUCACUCCCAGAUGUGGCAGACGUCUGUCUAAAGACAAACUGAAAAAGUCACAGAGCUGUAGCAGAGAAGAAAGAAUGUAUAUAGAUGUACAGUUACUGUCCAAACCCUCAUGUCUCCCUCUGGUUGGGUUGCCUAACCACUACUCCACACUACUGACCACUACACUAUACCACCCUAUGGUGUGGAUGGACUACUAUGUCAAUCAAAAAAAAAAGAAAAAAGGAGUUGCUUCAUAACUAAAAACUCUAUUCCUUAAACCAUUCAAAUCUUGUGAUUCCUUCUCAGUAGCGAAUUGAUGUAGCAAUAAAUACGAGAGGCGGGUGCGUCCUCUGAGUGUUUAAAUGAUUCUGGUGGACCAUGAGGUGUUACGGGAGACUUUUUUUUUUCUACCCUUUUUUUACCCUGUAGACAGCCAGUGGGUGCUUACAGAGAGAGUGGACCUGCAGAAAAAGGGGAAGUUCACCCCUUUUUCGUUUUCACUAAUGGAUCCUUAUCUUUGCCCACAGCGCCGUUUACUCAGAAUUCGUGUUUCUCUACAGCUUUGUCACUUUUUCAAGCAGCGUUCAUGUGCGUCAGGAUGUUCUGAUUAACAAGUCAAACCUGUGAAUGGAGAAAAAAAUGUUUAAAAGGAAAAAAAAAAGAGGGCCAGCUCUAAUGAUUUGUUCUCUGUAGAGGCGUUCAUUGUAACUAACUUACCAAACUAUUAACAUCCAGUUGGACUAAUAAUCUUAAUUUCCUAUCUGCUAUCUGUUACCUACUUCCGGAGCUUCUGGGCACUGCUGAAGACCAACGUAGACAACGUUUCUUCUUCUCUAACUUGUCUGUAACUUAUGCACAAUAGUCACUAUUGACGGAGGAGGCGCUUCUGUCGCUCUCUGACCAUUUAAUAAUCAUUAGGCCUCAGUCUCUGGCAGUCUUUAGAGCUUGGCUUCCGAACACUUUAAAAAAAGACAAAAUAAGGGCCGGCCCACCAUGACAGGUCUGACCUGAAAACAAAAAAAAAUCAAAAACCUACAAAAAGACUCAAAAGAAAACAAAAAAGUCGCAUACAAAAGAAGCUACGUGUCACUGAGAGUGAUAUUAGCCAGUGUAGUCUAUAUUUCUUGUAUUAAAUUUUGUAUUAUAUUUUCCUAAAUGUUCUCUUGUAAUGAAAAGACAAAAAAGAGUGAGUAUAUCUAUCUAUAUAUAAAUAUAUAUAUAAAUAUAUGAGAGACAGACAGACUUGAGGUCAGGCUUGUUGAAGGGAGAGUGGGGGCAGGGGAGCUGAUACACUGGCCCCUCUCCCUUGGGUGACUCUCCUGCUGUCAUUCUGUGCCUUGGUGAGCCUUCGACCUCCCUCCUCCUCCUCCUCCUCCACCUCCUCCCCGCCCCUUCCUCGCCCUCGGUCCCUACUCAGGUCACACCCCUCUCCUCUCCUCCUCUUAAUCUCAUCCUCCCUCUGGCGGGGCUGAAAGCUUUGAUUUCAACCCUUACCAUGCCAAAACACUUCCAUGAGCAAGGGGCACUUGAAGACAAGACCUCAUUAUGAAUAAAAAAAAAGAAGCCCCUUUAGUCUCUACUGAGCAGCCGCUGUUGUUGUGCACCCUGUCCAGGCACUCCCCACCCUCUACGAUGCCCGCUCGUCUGCCAGUGCCGCCUCUGUCACAGAAAAAUAAAAACAAAACACACUGGUAAACUCCCAUGGCAGCUUCCAGUCGCCCCGAAUGGUCACCAACGGGGUUCAAAACUUCUGGCUUGAAGCGUGUUUCUUCUUUUUUUUGUCAUUUUACUAUUAUUGUAUGUUGACUAUGUGUUUGUUCAGUGGGAGUCACUGGGAGAGGAGCGAUAAAAGAAUAAUCCAAUCGAUGGCAGCUUAAAAAGGUGUAAUCCUCCGCGCUCCCAGUGGUCCGUCCCAAAAAAAAAAAAAAAAAAGUGUUACCCAUUGAUCAGGGGACCUCUUGAGACACAGCAAUAUUACCAUCGUGUGCUUUCUGAGGGAGGGUGGGCGGGCAGGGUUUCUAAAGACAAGCAGGUGGUUUUGCUUUUGACUCUGUGGUGCAUUUUUUUUUUUGGUGGUGACCAAUUCUAUAUUUUAUUUUGAUGAAUUUUACCUCCUAUCUGCACUCUCUCCAUACACUGCAGGAGGGCAAAAACAAAAAGUUUUUUUUUUCUAUUUGUCAUUGAGAGUUUACAUUAAUGUCAAAGGAUUUGUACAUGACUGUAUCAGAAAAGUCCUUUUGCAGUUUGUUGGUCAAACGAACAAUUUAGCGAAAACCAUAUUGAUGGCAUAAAGUUCUUCUCUUGCACAGAACCUCCCGGCGGGGAACAGCGACAGAGCGAAUGGGACGAGGGCCAGAUAUGAGAUUAUAAUCAUUCAGUGGCAUCAUUGAAAAAUGUACAUAGCACACGCUCAGAGCGAGAGUGGCUUUGAGCGGCUGACUGGACGCGGUAACAUUUAGUUUGGAUGUGGGACGGGAUAGUGUUUAUGGAAAUUCUUUUAAUGAUGUGCCUUGGAAAAAGUACUUUCUUUUAAGAAAAAAAAAGAAGCAGAGAUUGUACUUGUUGAAACUGUUAAAUCAGUCACAGUUGCUCUUAUUUUUAAACCCCCUUUCUUUCUUCAUUUGCAAAAAGGUAAACAUUUAUGUCAAGAAUCUGAAGGGGCUCUUCAUUGAACUCCCAAUGAGAUCAAAGCGUAAUUUAAGAGUUGUCAGAGCGAGCACAGACAAGGUUUGAUAGUUGCUUUUAUGUUGCUGUUGCACAGAGAUUUACUUCAGCGUGUGUUGGGUUUUCUAAGAGCACAAAAGCACCGUGUGAUAUUUGGGGAAGUCGGCAGGCUGAGAAAAGGAGAGUGGUGGGAUGAAAUCAGGGUAAAGUCCGCGCGCAGACAACACCAUCCUGUACCUGAACCUGCUGCGUAAUGGUGCUUCUAUAAAUCGACACAAUGACUUCCAUGAAAUAUUAAGCCUGCCAAAUACAUAGUCACUUUUAAACCUUCCAUGCUGAAUGAUUAGUUUCUUUAUGUAGUUCCAGAUGAAUAGCUUUAACUUCCUGUAGGCUUUAGGUCAGCAUCCUGCCUUCCGGAUCCCCCCCCCGCGCCUGUAUGUCUUUUCUCCUUAUUUUGCAUCUUUACGUACUGGGUGACACCUCCGAGUCAAACAGGUGUCACCCCAGCAUUAUCUUUUGUACCCACGUGAACCUUGAGGCUGUAGAGGAGAAUGAGCUGGCUGGGAUUUAUAGCUUGAGAGGAGGAUGGUGGGGAGUUUGUCUGGGCUGACAUACUGUGCAGAUUAGGGAGAGUUCUGUGCCAGAGACCUGUGAAUAUGUUCCUUUUUAGCGGAUGUGUAAUAUGCAUUCAGAAGAUGUUAUAUAAGUUCCUUUUUUUUUUUUGUGUGUGCGAGCGUGUGUACACGACUACCUGGUGCUGGCUACAUUUUAGCAAACACUUGAAGGUAUUGUGUAUUCUCUCAUUGUAAUAUAAUUAAAAUGUUUUAUACAAAAAAA